AUGGAGGAACACUUGCGAAGAUUCCGAUACUCAACCGAACUGAACUCCACAGAACUUCUGUUAAUCCAUUUCAAAAAGCUUGUUUCAGAUAUUUAUAGCGAUAAACAAGCAAUGGAAGGACAAACUUGGUAAAAUAUAAUAUAAAAUAAAUCAUUAAGCUUAUAUGGAGGGACCCUUGCUAAGGUCGAAUGUGAUUUUAAGACCGAUUUUAGUAAAAGGGUUAUAACCUCUCUCCAUCAUGUGUAUUUAUUUCUUCGUGACCUCUACUUGAAAAUUUCAGUUUACCUUAAUCCUACCUGUUCUACUUUUCUUUUAGGAACCUCUCAGUUGCACAUAUAUCUGAGAUACCAGCGAACACCUUCAAAGGUCUCACAUCUCUAAAAACUCUGUAAGUAUUUAGCUUAUGAAGCAGAGCUAGAAUUUUUUUUUCCACUUUUUCUUUACUGAAACUUAGUAGGCCAGCCCCAAAUGAGCUCUCCACAUGAAUUAAAUCGAUGAGCAAUAUUCAAAUGGGGGAUAAACAAUGGCAAAGAGCGGCAAAGCAGACCACGAGGGUAAACCUCUGUGGCAAUGAGACAAAUGCGCAUCCGCAAGGCGAUCUUCCGCUGAGCAACAGAAAAUCUCUCAGUUAACUAUGAUUAUUGAUCAUCUCAUUAAAACUUUUCUUGGGCGGCACUGUUAUUAAACUUGGACUUUCAAAAUCAGCCCGAGGUCUGCGCUCCAGAGUUUGAAUUAUGGUCUGAGAACUACUGACAAAUAAGUAAAUGGAUUUGUAAAAGGUCAUAAGAACUGUUCUAAACGAUGUUACAAGGAACCUUUGAUUUGACAAGUAUCUAUUCUCUCGUUAUCACUGACAGGGAUUUGUCUAAUAAUCAACUUGUGAUGCUGUCACCGUCUUUCUUUGAUGACCUGAAAUUUAAUAACAUAACCCUGUAAGUAUGAAGUCAUUUUCCUUCAGUAUCAGUGCAAUAGAUUAGGAGUUGAUACACAUCCUCAAAGUUCAUACUCAGGUGAAUAUAAAGUAUAUGAAAAGUAAAGAACACUCGUUGUAGUCUGCGUUAAAUCUGAUUUAACUUAACUUAUUUAUUAGCUUAGCCAAUACCGGUUGCGACAACGUAACACGUAUAGACCCCUAUCAGUCCCAAUACCCACACCACCCAUGAGAGAUGAGGUUAACUUGUCUGCAAACACUCCAUCAAAUUAAAGCAAAUCAACUCACAAGUGUAAAAGUGAUUUUCUACAAGGUACUUUGGCUAAUAUGAAACGAUUGCGAUUGACACUGGGUCGGUGUUGGGUCCAUUGCAUUAUGGGUUAUUUUUGGACGAAUUUUAACCCAGUUUCCUGCGCAUCCUCGCAACAGCCCAUAAAAGAAGCGAAAGCAAUCCCAUAGUGCAAUUCAACACAAAAUCAUCCCAGUCUCCCUCGUAUUUCUUAAACUAGUAUCAAUAUUCCUUUGUUAUUUCCGUAGUUACUUACACAACAAUAGGUGGGACUGCAAAUGCAGUAACCGCGGUCUUUUGACGCUGCUGAAGAAACAUAAGAACAUUAAAUUGGGAUCUGCACCAGCCAUAUGCCAUACACCAUAUCCACUCAAAGGCAAAAGAAUUGAUCAGGAAUGUGGUAAGCUUCAAAUCAUACCUAGUGUGAACUUUUAGUUUAGUUGCCUUACCGAGUGAAUAUAGCUCUUAGUAGAUUUCUUGACUGUUAAGGUUUGGUUUGCAAAAAGUAAACAAUUGAAACAGCAGGAACAGGGAUCCUUACGUUUGUGCAUAAUAUAUUUCUUUCUUACAUGAGAAAAUGAAACUAAGUGAAUUUUUUCAGACAGUUACCGAGUAUCUAAAAUACAUCUAUUUCUCCGUUUCGUUGCUGGCCUACGAAUAAACAGCCGUUCCCUCCUGACAGCGUGUUAGGGGAGUGCUUGCAGAUGUCUGCACAAACACAUUGACAAUCACGUGCCACCUUGGCGAUGAUUAAAAGAAAAAACAACAAGAGAAGCAAAGAAAGUCAUAUACUUUCUUUUUAUAGACCGAGACGAGUGCAUGGAAGAAAACGAUUGUGAUGAUAUGGCAAGGUGUGAAAACACCUAUGAAGGCUACAAGUGUUCUUGUGCGGCCAGAGGUUUUAAAGGAACAGGGACAGAAUGUACUGGUAUGAUGACUAACUACCAACUACUAUUUCCACUACUAAUUUACUAAGAAUGCGAGGACGACGCUCACACGCGUAAUGACUGGCAACUUUCACCCUUUAACUUACUGUGACGUGAGAAAGAACUCUAUACAACAGCUUUCAUAUGAACUGUCACUCAGACUGUUUAGAUAGAAAUAUAUUUUUCUCUCUGUUCAUGAAACAUUGCAAGUUUUCGUAAAUAAGUUUUCAAUUUUUCUUUAAGAUCAGAGUUUUAUCGGCUUUUAACGUCUUUAAACAGAUAUCGACGAAUGUGCUGAUAAGAGCACGUCACAGUGUUCGAAGAUUGGAGGAAAAUGUAUCAACACACUGGGCAGUUACAAAUGUGAAUGCAAAACUGGAUAUACUGGGGAUGGUAAACUAUGCAAAGGUAAACACGCGCAACAGAAAAAGAGAGGAAAUUUAUUUGUAUUCUCGUCUUCACUUCUAAUCAAAUGACUAAAUGAAUAUUGAUAGCAGCUAUCGUCCAAGUACCAUUGACGCAAAGUUGGGAAGAGGUUGGCUGCUUUUGCAGUCUGAACAAAAAGGUCUGAACACUUAUUUUACCCGAGUCAACUUUGUGACUUACCGAAAAAUUAUCACUCUCGCCAAAGGCGGAGUUUCAAUUCACCACAGACGGGAACUGGAGUCGAAAGAAAUUUGUUCCGCAAUGUUUUCUGGGAUCGCUACUGGGGACGCGCCUGUCAGCUAGGGCCUGUCUCCAGUAACAAAUCCNCUCUCUGUUCAUGAAACAUUGCAAGUUUUCGUAAAUAAGUUUUCAAUUUUUCUUUAAGAUCAGAGUUUUAUCGGCUUUUAACGUCUUUAAACAGAUAUCGACGAAUGUGCUGAUAAGAGCACGUCACAGUGUUCGAAGAUUGGAGGAAAAUGUAUCAACACACUGGGCAGUUACAAAUGUGAAUGCAAAACUGGAUAUACUGGGGAUGGUAAACUAUGCAAAGGUAAACACGCGCAACAGAAAAAGAGAGGAAAUUUAUUUGUAUUCUCGUCUUCACUUCUAAUCAAAUGACUAAAUGAAUAUUGAUAGCAGCUAUCGUCCAAGUACCAUUGACGCAAAGUUGGGAAGAGGUUGGCUGCUUUUACAGUCUGAACAAAAAGGUCUGAACACUUAUUUUACCCGAGUCAACUUUGUGACUUACCGAAAAAUUAUCACUCUCGCCAAAGGCGGAGUUUCAAUUCACCACAGACGGGAACUGGAGUCGAAAGAAAUUUGUUCCGCAAUGUUUUCUGGGAUCGCUACUGGGGACGCGCCUGUCAGCUAGGGCCUGUCUCCAGUAACAAAUCCCAGAAGUCUUUGCAAAAGUUGACUCGACCCAGUUUCCAUGUCGUUACUGAAGGUCUCACCCUUCUUGCAGUCACGUGAUGUGUUCUAGACGGUUUCCAUCCUCUUUCGUGUGGUCGACUUGAAUGUAACCAGGGAACGAAGUUACGUCGCACCUAUCUCACGUCGUUAACGUAUUGCCGCAAAACAAUAUCACCUUUUGUGUGGCGUUUAUAAAAUUUCUAUUAAUACUUGAGUUUUUUUCUCUUCUUGAUGAUAGACGUUGAUGAGUGCAUGUCUAUCGAUUGUGGAAUGGAUGGUGAAUGUACCAACACCUUGGGAAGUUUCACAUGUGACUGUGAUCCGGGAUACGUGGCCAAUAAAAGCAACAUUUGUGUUGGUAGGUGUAACAGUGAAAUCUUUAAUGGUGUUGCUUGGCAAGGCAAUUCUUUCUCUGUUUUCCGGACAAAAAUAAUCAUGCAACGUCCAAUGUCCUUCGUUACUCUAUGUAAAUUGCUCAACAGACAUUCUGCGUUAAGCCCAGGGGGUCACGCACCUUUGACUGGAGCGAGUAUUGAUUGGUUUAUCAUUAUAGGCCCCUUCCGCAAAUGUCAAUGGCCGUUUCUUAGCUUUCCGUUUAACGGGACACGUUUAAAAGUAUUAUUAGGCUGAUUUAGCAAUAGAACGGAAACGUCAGUUGACGACGGCGCGCGCAAAUCAAACAACGGGCUUGACCAAUGGCAGAGCGGCAAAUUGGGUACCGGAAGUCGAGUUUAGUCCUUUCCGCGCGCUUUCCCGUCGUCAAAUGACGUUCCCGUUCUGUUGCUAAAGCAAACUAUUGUCAAAAUCUGGAAGAUGUUUAGUUUCAAAGUAGAGAAAUACAGUGAGAACGUAAUGCUGUUAAGUUCAAGGAGCACCUCUUAAAGAAAUUCAUCAGGCUAGAAAUUGUUUAAAAAUGCAUAGAUACUUAGAAUUUGAAAGAAUUUAGUUCUGAUAAAAACUUAGAAACAAAUUUGAUAGCCUUCUUCUUUUCUUAUUAGACAUCGAUGAAUGCGAGAUGAAGACUCACACAUGUGACGCUAUUGCAAACAGUUAUUGCGUCAACGUUAAGACUAUUUUACCUUCCGACACCGGCUACACCUGCGAGUGCCAAUCAGGAUUCAGGAAAGUCGGAAAAAGCUGCAUUCAUGAAGGUCAGCGGAUAAUCUUUCAACUAGAUAUUAACUGAGUCAGUUUUGAGUUGGUUCAUUUUUAAGCUCGUCAGGCUAUUUAACAUUAGAGACGUACUGCUGGAAGACGGAGUGGAGAGAAUUUUUGAACAUGUUUGCAACUAUCCAAGGGAAAGUACAGAGAAAAAAACUGUUGGUUUCUCAAUCGUGGCUAAACUUAGACAGAUGAGAGGCCUUUGAAAAAAAAGGUUUAAGGAAAGAGUUGUAGAUGAAUUUUUUAAAUUAUUAUAGGUAGCACAGGAGAGCUAAUAAAGAUCUUGGCAAUGAUUAUUGGUGGAUUUCUUGGGAUUCUUUUUCUUAUCAUAAUUGUCGCACUGGUGUACAGAAAAACAAGAAGCAGGUAAGUGAAUAGUUCUCUAGUUUCACAACCACUGACAUUCCUUUGUUUUGUCACCACCACCACCACCACAGUUCUAUUAACAACGUCAAAUAAAAUUUGACUGUUACAGUGAGCCAGAAGAAGAAGAAGAAGAAGAAGAGAAGACAGAGGAGAGCCCUGUAGUAGUGGCUCCUGUCGUUGGUAUGCCUCCCCCUGUGGACUUUGCUUACCUGGAGAUGCCUCAAAACGAUCAAGGACAACAGGAGGAGGAAUGGGGCGAAGAUGACGAAGAAGACACUGAGUAG